UUCGACAAUAUCUAAACAUGGCUCCAAAUGAUAGGAGGAAACAGAAAAUUUCAUCUAAAGAAGAGUCAGCCUAUGUGGAACCAUGGCGAAAUCUUCCUGAAAAGCUACUCAACUUUCUCAAAAAGCAACGGAGACGUUCAAAUUUAAUUGAAUCCAUAGGUCCUGCUGGUGUUACUAAAUCAUGGAGAUGUGCUUCCAAGAAAUGUAGUUCUAUUGCACAAUCACCAUGGCUUGAGCUUUCAAAUGAACCUCAAUACUAUUGCAAAACUCAGCAGCAUACGUUCAAUCUCUCAUUCGAAGAAUCUGGUUGCUAUUGGUGGCAUGGUAGAACAAGGCCACGUUAUGAUCCUUGGAAGCAUUUUCACUGCUACUCACCUUGGUCGAUCGUGUAUGGAGAAAGGAUACCUAUUGAUUACUGCUUUCUGAAUAGUUCCAAAGGAGGCUAUGGUUAUUGGACUACUCCCCCAUCCAAUCGCAAAAUAUCAUUUUUAUUUCCUUAUUCCAGUUAUGGUUGGUGCUGU